AACCAAGAUGUUUUUACAUGUUUUGUCCUCUAAACUAGAAUUCUAUAGUCACUGUUUUUUAACAGCUUGGAUAAACAGGUUUUUACACUCAGGUUGUCACAUUAUAUUAUAUACAGUAUUAGGACAAAAUUACAAGCAACAGUAUGUUCCUUUUCUAAGGGUUAAGAUCAGGAAAAUACAAAGGUAAAAUGUUCCAAAAUCAUAUCCUAAUAUCUGAAUGAAUCAUUUACUGAUAAGCAGCAAAAAAGCUUGAUUUACAUCAUAGUUUCUCUUUCUGUGGAUAUAUGUACCUCUCGAAGGCGAAGCUGGAAACUUUUCCCCUCAUGGUAACAGUUGUAGGUUUUUAAAAGGGACAAAAUAUCGGACCUAAAAAGGACAGAGGGAAUAACAAAGAAGGCUUUGAGGUGAUUUGUGUGUCUCUAAUGUUCAGUGUGUGUCUGUGGUCUGUAGUGCAUUUAAGAUCGUAGGUGUGAAAUGUAAACUGAAAUGUGAUUCUUGAAUGCACUGAACUGUGGAUAAAACUGUGAUUUCUGCCAAAUGAGUAAGCAUUUAUCGGAAGUGAAACACUUACUUUGUGAUAACUUGCUUCUCGUUUAACCUCACAUAGCAGGUCUUGGCCGGAUCCAUGGUGGGGUCCUCUAUACACAAAGAGUCUUAGCUAAAGAGAUGUGAAGGUGAAAUACAACAGAAAAAGGACAAUGAGAAAAUCUGAUAAGUAUCAAGAUGGAGAAACACAAAAGAGUGCAUUGUGCCAAAAAAUGACUCAUCAACAUGAUAAUAUUACAUUGAUUCUUCUGUGGGAGAAUCAAUUUAGUCACGUGAAUAGAGAGAAAUCACACGGACCUGUUAUACAGUUAACCAAAUGAGUAAGUUUCUUGUCCAGACACAUCCUAUUGAAAGGCACAUUAAACAUUUAUUUUUUAUGUCUGUAGGCAACUGAAGGCAACAGUUACCUCACGUUUGUUCUGGAAUUUUUCCUACUUAUUUUUUCCAUAAGGGUUCUACCAAAAUAUUCUGCACCACUAUCCAAAUAUUUGGUCAGAUAAUCUGUAAAAAAAAUAUAUUCUGAAACCGAAAAUGUUUUCCCCUUAAUCUUUUCAAGUUACAACGGUUACAGUUUAGAGGAAGGUUGUAUUUGUUAAUGUAAGGUAACCAUUAUCAAAAUACUGUUGUUUUUCAGCAUUAAUGAUGUUAGUUAAAAGGAUGGUUUGCCCAAAAUUCUGUCAUCAUUUACUAACCCUCAGAUUGUUCCUGUGUAAAUUUUGUUGUUCUGCUGAACACAAAGGAGGACAUUUGUAAGAAUGUCAGAAGCCAAACAGAUAUCCUCCCCCAUUUACUGCCAUAGUAGGGAAAACAAAAAUACUAUGGGAGUCAAUGGGGGAUGAGAUCUGUCUGGUUCCUUACAUUCUUCCAAUAUCUACAUUUGUGUUUAACACAGCAAAGAAAUUUGAUUUGUAACUAUCUGAGGGUGAGUAAAUGAUGACAGAAUUUUAAUUUUGGGGUGAACAAUCCAUUUCAUGCCAAAACAAUUAUUCAUGUUAGUUGACUCUGCAUUAACAAACGUUAACAGAUUCAACUUUUCAUUAUUAAAGAUAUAAUACUAAAUGGUGCAAUUAACAUGAACUAAGAUUACCUGAUAUUUUAAAAGUGUUUCAUUGUUAGCUAAUGCAUUAACUAAUGUUAACAAAAGCAACCUCAUCCUUUCAAAACAGAAAAGAAAAGGGAAAUCACUUUCUUACUUAGUCUUUCAGGCUAUUGAUAUGAAUGCUGAAAUGUCUACCGACAAAGAAAACCCCACUCUCUGUGUAAAGAGCUGAACCUGUGGGAGUUGUGACAAAAGACAGGAAUUUCGAGGGGAGGAGGGAAGUCACUCCCAACUGAGAAUAAAAACUGCCGGGCCAUUCUUCACUAACGCAAUCGAAGUUUCAACAUGAACCUGACAGCCUUUGCUUUGCUGACGUUCAGUCUCAGCAUCUUUCUAACAGUAAAAAGUCAGCAUGUUCCGAAGACCUGCCAGUGCCCAAAGGUACUAACAAGAGUUCAAAUCCCAUUUUCUGAUUUCACCGUGAACCCAAAAGGACCUACCUGCUUCAAAGAUGAGAUCAUAGUCACACUACAGAAGGACAAACGUCUUGUGUGCCUCAGUCCAGAUGGAAAACAGGGCAAGAGACUGAUGACAUGUUGGCAAAAGAAUGGCAAAAACAGCACAAGAUGUUUACGCCGACAAAAGCAGAGACAAAAUAAGAGAAGGCAAGCCAAGUCUAAGAAAGGCAUCUCUUAAAUGAAAUAGUAACCACAUGGAGUUUAUGAGAAGAUCCCGGAAGAUAAUAAUCUUCAAAGCCGGUGCAAUAUGUUAUGGGAUUUCUGUACUUUCACAUGCACAGAACAAGCCCUUAAUAAAGAAAGGCUCUAUUCAGAGAAGUGUACAAGCGAUUGGAGGGCAAAGGGACAGUAACUAAUGAAGACAUGUUAUAACAUGGAUGGCAAUGAGCUAAGAUUUUGUAUCAUCGCAGCAAAGCUAACACAUCGGGCCAGUUUUAAAAACAUAUAUUUGUGUGUAUUUAAAAUACAUUUCUUCAGUUAUAAAAUGAAGAAAAUAGUGUCUACUGUAUUUGCUAUUAACAUGUGUGUUUAUAAUAAUUAUUUGCAUACAGUUUGUACAUAAUGUAAACAUAAUGUAAUAUAAAAUAACCAACAAAAUAAAUAUGUUCAAGUGA